AUGGCCGCCGCUGUCCCUAACCCGGGGGCUGCCGACCCGGAACCCGCCAUGGUGGCCGUCUUCGCCGCAGUAACGACUCCCUCGUGGGCCCUGCCCAUAUCAGAGUUUCUGGAGAACGGGGUUCUCCCCAUGGACGAGACUGAGACCUGCUCCACCGGCGUAUUCCAGCAUUGCGUCGAGCAGGACCAGGGCAUUGAGAUCCUCCUCGACAUACACCAGGGCGAGUGCGGGCACCAUGCCGCCUCGUGGUCCCUGGUGGCCAAGGCUUUCCGCCAUGGUUUCUACUCGCCCAAGGCCCUCCAAGACGCCGAGUCACUCGUCCUCAAGUGCGAGGGAUGCCAGCGCUUCAGCAAGCGCAGCCACCAGCCGGCCUCGGCACUCUGGACCAUCCCGAUCGCCUAG